UCAAUAACCGGAUUAAACAAGAUUGAUCAUGAGAAUUUACAACUGAAAUUGAGUUUACUGUGUGGUGUGCAGCCAAUUUCCAAGCGCCCCCACAAAUCCGGCUUGAUUAGUGAGCCUGCCAUGUUUGAGCCAAGCAGGAGGCGCGCAUAGGAGCAAUAAUCCUGCGUGGUCCAGUUGCAUCCUCCCUCCCCCGUGCGCUCUCGCUCAAGGGCAAAUCGAGGUACCGCUUCUGCGCACUGCUGGAAAACAGCGCAGCAUCCUCUGCUCGCUCGACGGACUUUUUUGUGGGAUGAAAAAAGAAGAACCCCGGGAUCCUGGAGAAAAGGAGAAACUGUUGCGCACAGUGAAAACUUAUAAGAUGUCCAACAAGGGCUGAUAAACACUCCUCACCCCAAACUCUUUGCUGAUUUGUGCGCAAAAAAUUUGGGACUCUGGUGACAUGUUUGCGCGGUGCGGAUCGGAGUUUGGGCUCACUAAGGAGAAAAAACGGACCUGGAAAUGAAGUCAUGGAUUUUGCACGGAUGCUUUGGCUGUUCUUGCUGAAACCUGAUGAGUUGAACUCUGGAAAUUGUGCCAAAUCUCAGAGUUUCAUAUCUGGGAAAAAAUUCUAGUACAGGACGAUCAGGAUGAAAAGAUGGCAGCCAUGCUGUUACCAACUGGUCCUGAUGGCUUGCGGCGAUUCACUCGCGAAUCCUUGGCUGCCUUGGAGCGGCGGAUUGCUGAGGAUCAAGCCAAAAGCUCCAGGGAGGCUCAGAGGGGCGGAGAACCGCUCAAACCCAGGGCCGACCUUGAGGCAGGCAAGCAGCUGCCGCGCAUCUUUGGAGACAUCCCUCCUGAGCUCGUCGGGGUGCCACUGGAAGACAUCGACCCGUUUUAUUACAGGAACCAGAAGACUUUUGUAGUACUCAACAAAGGGAAAGCCAUCUUCAGAUUCAGCUCCACAUCUGCACUUUACAUAUUUAGUCCUUUUCAUUUCAUUCGAUCCAUCGCUAUUAAAAUUUUAGUCCAUUCAUAUCCUUUUUCUGCCACUAUCACAGACUCCAUCUUGUUUUUUUUAUUUGUAUUAAAAUUUUUAUUUAAAUCUAAGAAGCUUUAGGAGUUUCAUUUAAAAGGUUUAUAUAUUCUUUAGAACAAAUGGAAACCUCUAGGAGAUCUGGUGUGCAGAUGGGGAAGGAAACUUCCUUCCAUCAUAUCAAAAUAUAAUGUAAUAAAUUCUAGAUUAGAUUAUUUGCAUGCACUCCUGCCAUGAGACCAGUUUCUAAUAAUAGCUUGUUUUCCCCUCACAAGUUGAUUUUGGAUUGCUCUGUUGUCCAUUGUGAAACUGCCUUAUACUGUUCUUUUUUUUUUCAGAUUAAAUCCCUCACAUCCCUCAUGUUAAUCCUGUUUCACAGAACUAAAUUUUUGGUCUCAGUUAUGGAGUUGAGUUUAUCUUGCUAUAGUUAAUCUUCACAAAGAAUUUGCAAAAUGUAUGCUUUGACCUUUUCUGUUGAUCCAUGUAAAGGAUGUAAUCCCCUGUAAAAUAAGGUAACUUUAAUCUAAAAGUGCUGCCAACUGCCAAGUUGUGUGCUUUUCUUAACUGUGUCCACAUUAUUUAGCUAUUUCAUAAUGUUCACCAUACUGACCAACUGUUUCUUCAUGGCCAUGUCUGACCCGCCAACGUGGACCAAAUAUCUGGAGUACACCUUCACCGGCAUUUACACCUUUGAGUCAGCAAUCAAGAUAUUCGCGAGGGGAUUCUGCACAAUGCCGUUCACGUUCUUAAGAGACCCGUGGAACUGGCUGGACUUUAUUGUCAUCGUCAUGGCGUACGUCACUGAAUUUAUUGACCUUGGAAACGUUUCUGCAUUGAGGACAUUUAGAGUGCUGCGGGCCCUGAAAACCAUCUCAGUGAUUCCAGGUCUGAAAACCAUCGUGGGGGCUCUGAUCCAGUCGGUGAAGAAGCUGGCGGAUGUGAUGAUCCUGACCGUCUUCUGCCUGAGUGUGUUCGCCCUCAUAGGUCUGCAGCUCUUCAUGGGGCUGCUGCGGCAGAAGUGCGUCCGCAGCCUCGGCCACUGCAUCAACUCCUCCUACAUCCCCAACACAACCUUCGUCUGCAACAACAGGACCUGGAGCUCACCUACAGACUUCCUUACCAACGAAGAUAAUUUCUACAAAACUGAAGGAGCAAAAGAUGGCUUAAUAUGUGGAUACGGGUCUGAUGCAGGGAAGUGCCCCGAUGGAUUUGAGUGCCUGAAAGUGGGGAGGAAUCCAAACUAUGACUACACCAGUUUUGACACCUUCGGCUGGGCUUUUCUGGCACUUUUUCGUCUCAUGACCCAAGACUACUGGGAGGAGCUGUUUCAUCAGACUCUGCGCUCCGCUGGAAAAACCUACAUGGUUUUCUUUGUGUUGGUAAUCUUCCUCGGCUCCUUUUACCUGGUUAAUCUGAUCCUGGCUGUGGUGGCCAUGGCCUACGAAGAACAGAACCAGGCGACCAUCGCCGAGGCCUGGCAGAAGGAAAGAGAGUUCCAGCUGGCCAUGGAGCACCUCCGACGAGAACAGAGAUUGGCAGCCAAAAGACAAGCCCCGGACACAGAUUCAGUUCUGUCUCCAGAGCUUUCUCCAUUUAGUUUGAAGGCAAUGGGAAGCGUGCGGCGCAGCAGCAGCAGGAGACCACGGUCCCACAGGACUCUUUCAGAGGAGACUGCUGGAGAAGCUGCGGAGGAGAAGCUUGACCCUGUAGAUGAAGCUGGGCCUCCUAUAUCCCCCUUGCCGGCCCACCCCCUGCUGGCUACACUCUCCUCCCAUCCUCUCAGCACCAGGAGGGGAAGUCAGAACAGCAUCUUCAGCUCCUUCCGCGCUCGCAACAACUCAGAGGCCGACUUUGGAGAUGACGAGUUCAGCGUUCAUGGAGACGUGUUCAGGAGUCGCACCAGUUCCGUCGCAACUCCUUGGAAGAGGAGGACUGGCAGCGUCAGGAGCCACUGCUCCCAAGUCUUCACCCCCAGCAUGAACGUCAACGGUCGACUGAACAUCUCUGUGGACCAGAACGGAGUCACCACCUUUGGUCUGCUCACGCCCACUUCUGUACCGGCCCACAGCAUGGAGAGAGUCAGGGAAGACGCUGUAUUUUGUGUCAAUCAGAAGCCCAGCAGUGCGGAGGAUACUACUCCAAGACCGCCCCCCCAGCCCUCCCCCUCAGUGACAGAGCCUUGUUCGGUGCGAAGGAAACGUGUCAUGAGCUCCGUCAGCUUCUUUAGCGAUGCCAUGGAUGAGUUGACAGAAUCGAGGCAGAAAUGCCCUCCAUGCUGGUAUUCAUUUGCCAAAAGGUAUCUGAUAUGGAGCUGCUGUCCCUGGUGGCUGAAGUUGAAGGAGUGGGUGAAGUUCAUGGUGAUGGAUCCUUUUCUGGAUCUUGGUAUCACCAUAUGCAUCGUGCUCAACACCCUGUUCAUGGCUCUGGAGCACUACCCCAUGACCGACGAGUUCAACACCAUGCUGUCUGUGGGAAAUCUGGUCUUCACUGGGAUUUUUACAGCCGAAAUGGUGUUGAAACUGACCGCCUUGGACCCAUAUUACUACUUUCAGCAAGGCUGGAACAUCUUUGACGGCGUCAUUGUUUGCCUCAGCCUCAUGGAGUUGGGUCUUUCUAACGUAGAAGGACUUUCGGUGCUGCGAUCCUUCAGACUGUUGCGAGUCUUCAAACUGGCAAAGUCCUGGCCAACGCUCAACACUCUCAUCAAGAUCAUCGGCAACUCGGUGGGUGCUCUGGGAAACCUGACGCUGGUGUUGGCCAUCAUAGUCUUCAUCUUUGCCGUCGUGGGCAUGCAGCUUUUUGGAAAGAACUACCAGGACUACGUGUGCAAGAUCGCCUUCGACUGUCAGCUGCCACGCUGGCACAUGAAGGACUUCUUCCACUCCUUCCUGAUCGUGUUCAGGGUGCUGUGUGGCGAGUGGAUCGAGACCAUGUGGGACUGUAUGGAAGUGGCUGGACAGCCUCUCUGCAUUCUGGUGUUCAUGUUGGUCAUGGUCAUUGGGAAUUUGGUGGUGUUGAAUCUCUUUCUGGCGCUGCUGCUCAGCUCCUUCAGCUCCGACAACCUCUCUGCUCCAGACGAGGAUGGGGAUUUGAACAACAUUCAGAUUGCCAUCGCCCGCAUCAAUUCUGGCAUCUCUUGGCUCUUCAGGAACAUCAUUGGUUUCUUUAACCGCAGCCUCAGGGGUGAAAAAAAUAAGACCAAAGAAGCCAAUGAGAGCAUCAAGGUGGCGGUAAAUCAUACGGAAAGCAAUGGAGGAAUUUACGGAGAGAAGUACAUCACUCCAGACGAAGACAGUUACAUUACCAACCCAAACCUGACGGUCAUGGUUCCCAUCGCACCUGGGGAGUCAGAUGUGGAGUUUCUUGAAGAGGAGGAGAACUCCGAGUCAUCAGACGAUGAAGAGAAGGCAGAGAAGAUUAGCUUGUCAGAGGGCAGUACGGUGGAUUUAAGGAAACCUGGAGAGGAGGCAGAUGACCUGUCGGAACUGUCUGAGGACAGCAUGGAGCCGGAGGAUUGCUUCCCUCAGUUCUGUCUGAGGCACUGUCAGUGCUGCAACAUUGACAUCAGCACCGGUCUGGGCCUGGCUUGGUGGAGGCUGAGGAAGACCUGCUACCAGAUUGUGGAACACAGCUGGUUUGAGACGUUUAUCAUCUUCAUGAUUCUUCUCAGCAGUGGUGCUUUGGCAUUUGAAGAUAUCUACAUCGAGAGGAGGAAAGUUAUAAAAGUGAUCCUGGAAUAUGCUGACAAAGUCUUCUCUUACAUAUUUGUGCUGGAAAUGUUCCUCAAGUGGAUUGCUUACGGUUUCAAGAAAUAUUUUACCAACUAUUGGUGCUGGCUCGACUUUCUGAUCGUGGACAUUUCUACAGAUCGAGCUAUUGUUAGGGUGUCCUUGAUAAGCCUGGUGGCAAACUCUCUGGGGUAUUCUGACUUUGCUGCCAUCAAAUCCUUGAGGACCCUCAGGGCUUUAAGACCUCUCAGAGCUCUGUCAAGAUUUGAGGGCAUGAGGGUGGUUGUCAAUGCUCUAAUAGGAGCCAUACCUUCCAUCAUGAAUGUGCUGCUCGUCUGUCUGAUCUUCUGGCUUAUCUUCAGCAUCAUGGGGGUUAACCUGUUUGCUGGCAAGUUUGGAAAGUGCGUGAACCGAACGGGCUUCAUCCACAGCAUCACCAUAGUGAACAACAAGUCUGACUGUCUAGCCAUGAAUGACACUCAGUUCUACUGGACCACAGUUAAGGUUAACUUUGACAAUGUGGGACUUGGAUAUCUUUCCCUUUUGCAAGUGGCGACAUUUAAAGGCUGGAUGGAAAUCAUGAAUGCAGCUGUUGAUUCAAGAGGGGUUGAGGAGCAGCCCAGCAGAGAAAUCAACCUCUACAUGUACAUCUACUUUGUAGUUUUCAUCAUAUUUGGAUCAUUCUUUACCCUCAACCUCUUCAUUGGUGUUAUCAUUGACAACUUUAAUCAGCAGAAAAGAAAGUUAGGUGGACAUGAUCUCUUUAUGACGGAAGAACAGAAGAAAUACUACAACGCUAUGAAGAAGUUAGGCUCUAAAAAACCUCAAAAGCCAAUACCAAGGCCUGCGAACAUUCUUCAAGCCUUCUUCUUUGAUCUGGUGUCCAAGCAAGCCUUCGACAUUAUGAUCAUGAUGCUCAUCAUCGUGAACAUGGUGACCAUGAUGGUGGAAACGGAUGAGCAGUCAGAACAAAUGGAGUCCAUUCUUAAUACCAUCAACCUCGUCUUCAUCGUAAUCUUCACCACCGAGUGUCUGAUUAAGAUUUUUGCCCUUCGUUGUUAUUUCUUCACAGUUGCAUGGAACAUUUUUGACUUUGUGGUGAUAAUUCUUUCUAUUGUGGGGAUUGUCCUUGCUGACAUUAUUGAGAAGUACUUUGUAUCUCCGACUCUGUUUCGAGUCAUCAGACUGGCAAGGAUAGGACGUGUACUUCGACUUAUUCGUGCAGCCAAAGGAAUAAGGACUUUACUGUUUGCCUUAAUGAUGUCCAUGCCAGCACUGUUCAACAUUGGCCUCCUGCUAUUUCUUGUAAUGUUCAUCUAUGCAAUAUUUGGGAUGGCAAACUUUGCCUAUGUCAAAAAACAAGACGGGAUUGAUGACAUGUUUAACUUUGAGACCUUUGGAAACAGCAUAAUCUGCCUUUUUCAGAUCAGCACCUCGGCAGGCUGGGAUAACCUCCUUAGUCCCAUAAUGUCCAAUUCUCCAGAGGAGUGUGACAUUCACUUUAUCAACACUGGUACAAACACCAGAGGGAAUUGUGGAAACCCCUCCAUGGGCAUAGCUUUCUUUGUCAGCUACAUUAUCAUUUCUUUCCUCAUUGUGGUAAAUAUGUAUAUAGCCAUCAUUUUGGAGAACUUUAGCGUUGCCACGGAAGAGAGCACAGAGCCACUGAGCGAGGACGACUUUGAAAUGUUUUAUGAGGUUUGGGAGAAGUUUGAUUCCGAGGCCACACAAUUUAUUGAGUUUUCAAUGCUAUCAAGUUUUGCUGAUGCUCUGUCAGAGCCGCUGCGUAUUGCAAAACCCAACAAGAUCCACCUGAUUUCUAUGGACCUUCCCAUGGUCAGUGGAGACAGGAUCCACUGUCUGGACAUCUUGUUUGCCUUUACUAAGCGUGUCCUUGGGGAGUCAGGAGAAAUGGACACCCUCAAACAGCAAAUGGAGGAAAAGUUCAUGAUGACCAACCCUUCCAAAAUUUCCCAUGAGCCCAUAACCUCCACCCUUCGCCGUAAAUUGGAGGAGGUGUCUGCAAUCAUCAUCCAGAGGGGUUACAGGAGACAUCUUGUGAGGAGGCAACUGAAGCAAGCUUCUUACCUCUACAGACAAAUAAACUACGAAACCACAGUGAAUGUGGAAAAUGCUCCAGAGAGAGAGGGGCUGCUAGCAACCAUGAUACAACAUUAUGGGAUUCUGGGGGUACAGACAUCAGAGAACAUUCUAAUCUCUUCACCUCCAUCGUAUGAUAGCGUGACACAGGCAACUCUCCAAAGCCCCAGUGAGGUAGUCAGACCAACAUCUAGAGGUUAUGAACACCUGGAUUCCGUUGAAAACUACGAGGAGACUUUUCUUUGACAGUCAGUUGUGCCAGUGAGAUUGAACUGUCCUUGUUUUGUUUACAACUGAGAAUUUUGAAGAAAGGAACUGAAAAGCAGAUUUAUUUUUUAUAUCCUAGGAGACAUUGAAAACAUGUACGCAACAUUUAACUGACUAACAUCUCCAUUUCCAGCCACGCAGGGUUGCCCAACCCUCAGUUAUCUCCAUUCUACCUACUGCUGACCACCUCCACCAAGUGUGUUACAUCCAAUAGAACCUGAAAUCACAUGAACCCACUAAGUUUCAGCAAAUAAGCAAGGGGUUUCUUUGAAAUCCCACUACAAUCAUCUUUUGAUCCAUUGUAAAAGCGUAGCGACAUAGUUUCUGCAGAACGGCUGACUUUAUUAGAAGUUCACCUCUUAGUUGUGGGCGUGACUGUUUUCACGGAAUAAGCCCACACUCAUUUCCCAUCGUCCCGUUGUUUACACUCUAUCUCAUUAGCUUACAGAACCUCACAAACCCAAGCAAACAUUAGCAGUGCAAUAAAAAUGUAAACCAAUAUCGGAGCUAUCCAGAUGUACAGUUUUGGGCCAGAUACCAGCUGGUACGAGGAAAACAAAGAUGUACAUGGAUUUAUUUAUCUGCAAGUGGAUGCAUCAGAAUGGAGCGGAGCAGGGAGCUUGUGGCCCUCCAAUUGUUGUUUGUACAUCACAACUGCAAGCUUUUUCAAACAGCAUUUAUUCGUCUUCUCCUGAUUCAAAACAAUUUGGAUAAAGAACUACUCAGAAACACAGUGUUAAUCUGUAUUUUCUUUAUAUAUGUCCUCCAUCAUGAAAAAAUGCCACAAGACCCCAUAAAAAACACUCUCUCAGUGGAGUGGGUCUUUACAAUAAGCGGAGGGAGAUGUGGAGCAGGGUUGGGCAGCUCUGCUGUUGAGAAAUGUAAGAAAUUUAAUGUCACAUUAUCAUAAUCUUUAGAAAAACAGGUCAGGGUGUGGGACAAAUUUAAGUUAAGACACUUGUUCAUCUUAUAGUAAUACUAAGUUUAGCAAUUGUUUAAAAUUGUCUAUGUUUUUAGAUGAAAAACAUCCCAUUUUGUACACUUUUUUUUAAUCUUCCUAGUUUCUAAAAUUAACUAAAGAAAACUUUGAACAUUGCAAUGAAACCAUCAAAUUAGCAGGGGUUAUUGUAAACAUGGACUGACUAAUAAAAAAAAUUUUCCACUAACUAAAGUAUAUGAGAGGUAGCGCUCACUUUGUGGUGUUACAAAAAAUGCUGUUCAUUUUAUAAAUGAAGUACCAAAAUGUAUCUUUCUGCACGUUUCUGAACAAAGAGGAUGACUAAAGGGCUAAAGUUAAAGUCCCAUUAACUGUCACAAACUUAGUUGUGUGAGAUUUGUUCUUGGCAUUUGACUCAUUCCCUGGGGGAGCGGUGAGCUGCAGACACAGCUGCACUUGGGAAGUAUUUGGUGGUUUACCCCCCCAAAUCCAACCCCUUAAUACUGAAUGUCAAGCAAGGAGGCACUAGGUCCCAUUUUUUGGAGCCUUUUGUAUGACUCAUCCUGGAUUUGAACUCACUACUUUCCAGUCUUAGUUAAUUAACAUACUAAACAACAAAAGGACCAACAAACCAAAUAGGUAAUACCAACUACAGAAUGGCUGCAUUGAUGGAGACAAAGAGAUUCUGGUGACAGAUCAAUUCAUAUUUUAAUAGAUUUCUGAAUAUUUUUAAAUGCUAUCUGUCUCCCUGCAUUUCUGUGCACAGAUGAGAUGGAGAAAACCGUCUCUAAACAGGAAGCUAAUUAAACCUACCAUGUAAAAGCAGCCAAUCAGAAGGCCUCCCCCCAUCGAAGGGGCGGGACCUGAAAUUGCUUUAAAAAGUACCGGUAAGGUAGAUUCCAGAGGAUCAAAGAGGAUCAGUUUAUGUUAAACAUGACUUUUGACCAAAUGCAAAAUGAAAAAAGACUAGAUAGCCUUAAUACAUCUGGAUACAUAUGGAUUGUUUUUUUAGGUGAUUUUUAUAGUAAAUUCAUUAACAUCUUUAUUUAUGUCUAAAUUGCUUUCCUUUUACUAUCUUAAGACCUAUUAGAAAAUCUGCUCUAUUUUAAUUUAUACACAACCAUUAAAAAACUACUGUAGCCUAUCUAUUGAAAGUCACAAUUUUGGUAGAAUUUUGUGUGAGUUUCGAGUCUUAUUCAUAAUUUACCGAUAUAUUUUAUCGCACAUUUCCUAUAUUUUUAUAGACUUGUACGAUGUAGCUGUCCUUUUACUUUUUUUUAACAUUUUCUCCUAGAAAAGCUUUUCUAGCUUGUUAGCUAGCUUAUCAAUGUGCAAAAUAGCUCCAUCCAUGACAUUGGAGUUACUCUACAGAAGGGGUCAACAGAAUUUGAGAUACAAACAAUGUAUUUAAAGCUGGACUGCAGUGAUUGGUCAUGAAUUACAUUGCAUUUAUGAGGAAGUUUACUAAAUAUCCUUAAGAAAUGUCUUAAUUUCCUUAUGUGAAAUUGGCUUUACUCUCGUCUCAUUGGAUUUGUGAACACGAAAAAAAAUCAUUUCGAUCAAAGAAAAACAUUUUUAACCUCGAUAUUAACACAGAACAAAAUUAAUUUGCGAUAAUGUUUCUCUGAAACUACAUUUAAUUUAGUUCAAAGGAAAAUCUUUUUUUGUGAAUUUCUUAAAAAUGGUAUGUCUACAAAACAAUUGCAAGCUGGUACAGUCAUUGACAUUUAUAUACACUGUAGUAAACUAACAGUCUCUGAGGUCAAAGCAGCACAAAAAUGAAGCGCCACUAAUUUUUACAACAACCAAAAACAGUGCUUGGGUGAGAUGAAGGAAUUUGAGAAAAUUGUUUGAGUUCACUCAUGGCUUCACCCACCUUGAGCGCUAGCAAAGUAUAAAUACAAAUAAAUCCUUCUCACAAUCGCAGUGUAUUGAUAACAAAGCAAUAAAUAUGCCAAAUGUUUUUGAAACCAGAAUGUACAUUCAUUUAUUUCUUAUUUGUAAAAUUUGACUUUUAUAAAAUGGUAGUCAGUGGUAAUUGAUCCCUGCUGACAUCAACCUCCAGUGGUCAUUUAAGGAAUUGCAAGACGUGAUACAUCCAGGUUCAAAUUUAAAAACUGAACAUGUGGGGUUUCGUUUUUGUGUUGGAGACACGUUGUAGUAGUUUGAGAAAAACACUACAAGUCAAAGGUUUAUGCACAUUGUACAAGGUUUUAACAGGUACUUCCCACUUUUGAUUUCUGUGAUUGAGAAACCAAUCCAUCCAUGUUUUUUUGUUUGUUUUGUUUUUCAUUUCUUUUGCAUGUUUAAAAUUCCAGCAUCACACAAAUGAGAGCCCGCAAUUUAUGACAACUAAUUACUAAUCCUUUGAACCAUUUCAUAAACUUACAAUUUGCCCGCAACAGUUGCAACUUGCUGAGAUGCAACUCAAACCCACAAAAGAGGCCUUUGACACAUUUUUUUUUGUCUCCCUAAAGUUUCCAGACAAACUGGUUUGGUCCAAACCAGCAAACUUUUUGGGGGAAAAAAGCACAAAAAACUUUAUUUUACAAAAAUGGUGUGCAUGCACUCAAACCUACAUCCUCUUAUUUUCACUUUAAAGGGGUAAAUAUUAAAGGAAAUAGACAUUAGACAAUAUUUAAGUUAGUAACAUGCAAUUUAUUAAAAGAAGUUCCAUCAUUGUUUUUUGUUGUACGGCUAAAACGUCCUUUUUUUUUGUCAAACUGUUUUAUCUACAUUGCACAGUUGACACAUCAGUCUGAAUGAAGGGCUGUGUGUAUUUAAUACCUGAUUUAUGUGCCUGAUUUUGAUUGUCGUGCACUACCUUUUCUGAAUUGGAUCUGAUGUAUUUGAGGGUAAUUAAUUCACUGAAAUCUCAAUAUUUUAAAAAAAUUGAGUGUGUAAAGAGCUUUGUUAAUUUCAUAUAUGUAUUGCUAGUUUUUAUCUAUUUUUUUGUAAUGGGUUCAUAUGAGAAGCUUAUUUCAAACACUUGCACAAUGGCCAUGUAAAUCAGUUUAACUAAAGAAAAUAAUUCUCUGUUUUGAAUUUAGAUAAAACAGUUCAAGGACUGUUUUGUUUAAAGGCAAUAAAAACUUUUUCUACA